GCGUAUCGAUUUUUGUUGAGUGAAGUCAGUGAAGUGAUCGUAGUGUUCGUGUCCUUUAAUUCCUUUAUUUUAGUGACGUUUUUAGAAAAAUAUCUGUGAAUGGGAUUGUGUAACAAGAUAAAACGUUUAUUUGGUGUGUGAUUUUCCAUUAAGGAUGACGAAGGACAGGUUAGCGGCGCUCCAAGCGGCGCAAAGCGACGAUGACGACGUCGGGCCCGACGACGUCAACGUCGCGGUUGAAGAGAGCCCUAUGACCGAAUUCUUCGGUGAGGUGGAAGAGAUACGGGAGAUGAUAGACAAGAUUCAAGCAAACGUGGAGGAGGUGAAGAAGAAGCACAGCGCCAUCCUAUCAGCACCGCAAUCAGAUGAAAAAACAAAGAACGAAUUAGAAGAUCUCAUGGCUGAUAUUAAGAAAACUGCCAACAAAGUCAGAGGAAAGUUAAAACACAUAGAGCAGAACAUCGAACAGGAGGAGCACUCUAACAAAUCAUCGGCGGAUCUCAGGAUAAGAAAGACACAGCACUCGACCCUGUCUCGCAAAUUCGUCGAAGUGAUGACCGAGUACAACCGCACGCAGACGGACUACCGGGACCGGUGCAAAAACCGGAUACUGCGGCAGCUGGAAAUCACUGGCCGGAACACCACGGAUGAGGAGCUGGAAACUAUGCUGGAGCAGGACAACCCCGCGGUCUUCACGCAAGGGAUAAUAAUGGAGACGCAGCAGGCCAAGCAGACGCUGGCAGACAUCGAGGCGCGGCACGCCGACAUCAUCAAACUGGAGACGUCCAUCCGCGAGCUGCACGACAUGUUCAUGGACAUGGCGAUGCUUGUCGAGAGCCAGGGCGAGCUCGUGGACCGCAUCGAGCACCACGUCACGCAGACGCAGGACUACGUGGACACGGGCAACGUCGAGCUCAAGAGUGCACACAAGUGGGCCGCCAAGGCGAGGAAGAAAAAGAUCUUCAUCAUGAUAUGCCUCGCUGUUACGCUGGUUAUCCUAAUAAUUAUCCUCGCUGUCACGUUGAGUUAGACAAAAGAAGUGAACCACGAGCCAUGGACGCACACGGUGUUGUCAUCACGAGGCGAUGAUAUUUGCCUGUAUACUGUUUAAUUUUAUCAUCUUAAGGCUGAUUUAGACGACGCGAUAACUCGCAUGCGAGUUUCAUACCAUUGCGGGUUUUGAUUGGUCGGUUGGACGUAAUCCACAGUCCGCAAUGUAACUAAAAUCGCAUGCGAGUUCGUGCGCCGUCUAAAUCAGCCCAAAGUCAUUAGGGAACGUUCAUGUUACUUGUGUCGGGUGACGGUAGAUGGUGCAAGGGUAGACAAAUGAUGGGUUAGUAAAUUUACGGGUUGAUUAGAAUAUUUACCUUUAUUGCUAAAAUUGUAGCUACCCAAAAUAAUCCGUUUGGGUUAGUUUUCAAGUAUUUUCGACAGUUUCAAUUUCAAAGUCUGCCCUAUUGUCAUCUACAAAGACAUCUAUGGAGAUGUUAAUGUUAUUUUCAUCACACUUGCUGAAAGGUUGAUAUGUCACACUGUGGCGUACAGUAUUGUAUGAAUUAUUACUCCCAAGGCAGUACAUUUUUUUAGUUAUAUAGAAGACGUUGAUCAGUCUGUCAAUGCGGAUGGUGCGACUGGCACUAAGUCAUGAGACCCAAGGAGGUUUAAUAAUAUUUUAAUUGUUUACGAUGGUUAAGAAAAGUGUUUAUUUCUAGCAAAUGUGAUGAAAAACAUUGUGUGUAACACGGACGAUCUUUAACCUUUUGGCCGCCGGACCUAGUCCGCAAAGACGCUCACUCACACGCCAGAGUAAAUUCUAAGUAAACAACUAAUAAAAAGUUUAGGGAUUGGAAAAUGUGAUAUCGAUAUUUACAAUUUAUGGUAAAAAUCUUCUCAAUUUGGCUUUGUUCUUAACCAACUUUAAUUUAUUUCGAGAAUGCCAAAAAUUAACAUAUUUUUUACACACGACAAUGUUAAAAAUAAAAGUCUUUAUCAUUAAAAACAACCUCUAAACAAUAUCGAUUCAUGACGUAAUAUCACCGCACUAGGCUCUACGAGAAGUCUUGUAUACAUGACAACGGCGCGCAUGGACUGCCCGCAGUGCAGACCGACAAGGACCGUUUCCGCGCGGAUUAAGUAAUAAUAGUCUCUAGGUCAACGGCGUAAGCGCUUGUCGGUACGUAAACUUUAUAAGCGUAUGGUUAGAGCCGCGCAUCGUGUGUCGAUAAUAUAAAUGUACCGGAACUGCAUUGGGGAAAAUGACACGUGGAUUGAAUUGUCAAUGAGUGAAGAACAAUAAUAUUGGGUAAGGGUGGGGAUCAGAAAUGUUCGGGAAUGCAUGUUUCACAUUCGACAUGUUCCUUAGAAGAGCUUGUCAGUUCCCGUAUUACACCCUCCCUACCAUAAUAAUUUUUCGUCAAUUUCAAAUACAUAACAUUCUCAUAGUUAGGCGACACUGACUAGUCCGAGCGUCCGCCUGUAGGUACCAUUCUUGUGCGAAGCGGUCACUGCAGGGUAUCACUCCCCACUACACUAUCAUCUCAAAAUGAAUCAUUUGUUCUGCAAAUAGACCACAAGGGCAGAUUUACUUGUCUGACUCUACUAUGGACAGCUGAACAAGUUCCCUGAACUCCAGCUAUAGUUAUGCCUGUCUCUCUCUCGUUUAACGUAUUCUAGUUACUAGUUAUCACCAAUUGGCAUUUAACAGGUAUUCAAAUGCUUAAAUAAAACCCGAUUGGCCACUUGAUAUUUAUUCUGAAUAUUCUCUAGAGAUGCACCGGAUAUUCGGUUACUAUCCGGUAUCCGCCCUAUCCGGCCAGUAUUUUAAUAUCCGGCCGGAUACCGGAUAGUGCCCUACUAUCCGGCCGAAUACCGGAUAGUACCAUUGCUUGAUUUUGGAGUAAACAAAUUGGAUUUAAGAAACAGUCACGGUCAUAAUCGUACUUGUUUAUUAUUUUAAAACAAUUUAGAGAUUCAACUGACUUGCACGCGCACUCAUUUCAAACCUAGAAAUGUGUCCGCGCGAACGUUCACUUAGAAACAGGUCAAAACUGCAGAAUGCGCACCUGAAAAACCGAAAUGUAGGUGCAGCUCUGCUGGCCGAUAUUCGGCGGCCGGAUACCGGAUAUUCGGCCGAAGGUCAGGCCGAAUAUCCAGUAUCCGGCCAAACAACUAUCCGUUGCAUCUCUAAUAUUCUCAUAUCGAAUUAACAUUCCCAUCCCUAGCUGUCUUGUAUACAAGACAACGGCGACGAGGAACAUGAAAAACGUUGAAAACUAGAGCAAUUUUUUUGAUUGCCUUAUUAUUAAAGAAUGGAUUUAUUUAUCUGCUUUAAAUGCUAUUAUUUUAAAAAUCAAAGACCUAAAACAUUAACACGAGUGUAAAAAUAUACUACAAUUGAUGUUUUUUCACAUUUACCGAGCGGUUGAAUUUGUGUCUUGUAUACAAGACAGCGGCGCCAGUGUAUCGUUCUAUCGUUGUCUUGUAUACAUGCCAACGGCGGUCAAAGGGUUAAAUUGUAAACUUAAGUCUUGAUUGACUUUCGUUAACAAUUUUUGCAAUAUCGCCCUUAUUCCACAAUGUACUUAUUACUCAUAAUGAACGGUGCUACCUGAGUAGGUUAUUCAAAAUAAUCUGAUUGAUCAGAUGCGCUUUUUACAGUUCUAUCACUUUCCCAAAAAAUAUUUUAGACUGGAAAUGUAUUUCUCAUGGAUGUCUUGUCGUUUCCGUCUGUCACAAAAGUAUAAAUUCACAGACUAUGUAAAUGUGAUUUACUGUUCAGUAGGCAGGUUUAUAAACUAUGUUCUUAUUUUGUGAUAUUCCACCAAGAAAAGGCCGCAAUGUGAUUAAUUACUUUUAUGAUGCCAAUACCGUACGUAUAAAACUAUUAACAAUUCAUAUGGCGCAAAGCCUGUUAAAUAUACGAUAACAAAUUUAUUAUAGCGUUCACAUUGUGGCUGAAACUAGUAGUUAUUAUAUCUUGUUUAUUACUGCCUCUUACUCGAAUUGUCAUUGAUAAAAAUUAAUGUUCGGUACCUAAUAAACAAUUUUAAGACAAUAUAAUGCGAAGUGCAAUAAUAUUGAAUUGUGCUUAAGGUUAAUCGUCGUAUAGCUUUGCUAUGUUGCCAUGGAUGUCAUUCUGCAAAAUAUAGCGAGCGAAGGGUUUGUUGGCACAGAGCGGCUACCGCGAAAACCGAAAUUCGCAAAUUGCGGGGAUCUUUCUCUUUUACUCCAACGAAAGCGUAAUUAGGGUGACAGAGAAGAAUGCCCGAAAUUUACGAACUUCGAUUUUCGCGGUUAUAGCCCAGAUUAAUGUCUUACGAAUUACGCUGUCAAGAAUUAUUGAAGUAACAAAAAAAAACAUGUUUUGAAAAAUAUUGUUCAACAAACGCUUUGCUGAUAGUAGCUUGCAGAAUAAAAACCGGUUGACAUCAGGCGCUUUUGUACCUAAUGAUGUUAAUAUAGGUACUUUUUGUUAGACAAAAAAUACGAUUUUAAUCGGCUAACAAUUUAAAUAAUAAAUUAUGUAAAUACAAUUGUAUUCUUGUUAUACUGCAAAACGUAAUUUAAGACCAAAAAAAGUAAGAAAUGUUGCCACUUUUUUACUAGCGCGUCUUGUAUUUAUGUACAAAUAAAUAAAUAAAAGUACUUUUUUAAAUAGUAGGAGUAAAAUUACUAAUGAAUAAAUUAUCUUAGCGUGAUUAUUUAUCAAAAGGAAUUUACAAUUUUAGAAACAAAUUAUUGCAAUGGCAACAUUGUCUCACUUUUUUUGGUCUUGAAUUACGUUUUGCAGUAUAGAUUUUGUUAGUUAAACAUAAAAACAUCACAAUUUGUGACCGGGAGUAUUUUAAGUAGGUACAUUAACUUAAUAAUUAUUCAUGCUUCCCGCUGUUGAUUUGAGAACAAGCUAAUAUAAUUUAUUUAAUAUUUGUAAUAUAUUAAUGUAAUCACGCACAAAUCUAAUAAGUAGAUGAGGUUAGGUAUUUAUUCGCUUAUUUCUUAAUUAAAAUUGUUUUUUCUCAGUCUCUUUUUAUGCACUAAAAGUACAUUGCUGUACUGUUAGUCGGGAUAUUGAGAUUUAGUGAUUAGUCAAUAUGUUUAGAUUUUGUUGAGUCAAUCACUAUGAGAUCGACACCAGUAUUGUCUUAUAUUAAUAAUUUUAAUAUUUUGCAUAUCGUUCUAUUAAUUUAAGGAAUAAUAAAAAAGCAAACGAAUUUAAAUAAGUGUGGUUUCAGCUUAUUUGUUAAAAGAUUAUUGGACGUCGAUGAUACACGUGGCACAAGUCACUUGUGUAAAUAGUUUAGAAGAUCUGUUUUAUUUACUCUUAUAUUCACAAUUGCUAAAAAUUAAUGAUUUCAUUACUUAUAUUUUAUAUUCUAUUAUAUUUUUUAAUUGCCGAUUGAGUUGUAGUGUUGGUUAAAUAUACACUUUUAGUCCUGUUAUACCAAGGUAUUUUAAGCUGUGUGCUACAUUAUUCUGUUAUUAAUUUGAUAGAUAUUUAAAGUACUGUUUCAUAUACAAGUAUUCUCUUGCUAAACUGCAUUUAAUACCAGCAUUUUUUCUUAAAAUAUAUUUAAACGAAGUAAAAUUUCUAUGUAGGAGAAUACAGUUUGUUUCUUCUUUAGUUGAAUAUCUUGUAUUAUUAUUGUUAACUUGUGAUUAACAAAUAAAUUAUGGUAUAUUGUUUAGCUGAUAACUUCUUUGUAGCUCUACAAAGGCGUCAUAAAACAUAUUCACGUACAGCUUGUCACGCGUUAUAAAUAAUUAAUCGAAAGACUGUGAAAUAUAAUUUAAUGCCAUUCAACAUUAUUGUUUAUUAUUAGUUACUUAAUAAUAAAGUUAAAAUUUUAUUAAGAGGUUAUGUCUUAAUUUCGCUAAUAUUACUGCCCGUGCAACGGGCGCGGCGACCCACAUUGUUUAUACAAAUUAUAAAUAAAGAAACGUUUUAAUGUUUACUCAAGAUGUAAAUAAUAAUAGUAAGAACUUUUGAAAAUAAUAUUAUAUUUAUUUUA